AUGAAUACAAAAAAUGACGUGAAUGAAAAUAUAAUAUUGAAUUGUAAAAAUUUAAAAAGAAAUAUAAAAAGAAAAAUUGAAAACUUUUAUGAUGAGAAUUAUGUAGAUACCUUAAACUAUUUAAAUAAAAGAAAAAAUUAUGGAAUAGGAUUAAAAAAGGAUAUAUUUGAGAAAAGUAAAAAUGAAAGUAUUAAAAUUGAUACACCCCUAUUAUAUAAUAACAACAAAAGAAAAUUACAGCUAGAUUAUUCUGAUGUUAAGAAACAAAAAAUAAAUAACAAUAUUACAUCUAAUGUAUACCAAAAUCAUAAUGUUAUAAUAAAUAAUUUGUCAAAUGAAAAUUUAAAUAAUAUUUAUAACCAUUCAGAAGUAAAAGAUUCAAAUCAAUUAUUAAAUCCACUAUCAUCUGAAAUAAUAAAAAAUCAAGGAAAUAAUAAUAUUAUUUAUAAUCAUAAUGAAAGAGAAAAUAUAAAACAGUUUUCCAUAAUACCGUUUGAAGAACAAAAAAAUACAAACACUAUUUUAGUUAAUUGCGAUGAAAAUAAUAAUGAAAAUUAUAAUAUUAAGAAAAAUGUUUUAAAUAUUUUGUAUCAAAAAGAUAUAUUUUAUAAUAAAUUAAAAAAUCAAAUACAAAAAUACAAACCUCUCGAGAUUAAAUGUAUGGAUAUAAGUUUAUUAUUAAAUAAAUAUAAACAUGAAAGUAAUAAUAACUCCUUUAAUUACCAUAACCAUGAUAAUAUCAUGAAUACAAAAGAUGAUAUGACAAAAACGGAAGGAGGUAUUAUAAAAAAACAAGAUAAUAUUACAAAUACACAAAAUGAUAUUACAAAUACACAAGAUGAUAUUACAAAUACACAAGAUGAUAUUAUAAAUACACGAGAUGGUAUUAUAAAUACACAACAUGAUAUAAUAAAUACACAAGGUGAUAUUAUAAAUAAACAAGAUGAUAUAAUAAAUAGACAAGAUAAUAUAAUAAAUAAACAAGAUCAUAAUAAUAUCAAUAAUGUGAAAUAUAAUGAGAAUAUAAUAUCAUCGUUACAUAAUAUUCAACAAGAACCUAUAUAUGUGUAUAAUAAGAAUGAAACAAAUAUGGAGAGCUGUAAUAUGAAUAAUUCUACAUCAUAUAAUAAUAAUAAUAAUAAUACAAGUACAACAAAUUAUGGAAAAAUAUUUAUUAAUGAUUACCAAAUAAAUAAUUACGAUAAUAAUAUUUUUCACAAGAAGGAUAAUAAUUACAUAAAUAAAAGUUGUCAAAAUAUAAAACAUUGUAAUAACACGAUUGAUAAUUCAAAUAUAAAUCCUUAUAAAUAUUUUUCAAACACAAACAAUAUAAAUAAUUUAAAUGAUAAUAUGAGUCAUUAUAUUUAUGAAAAUAUUAUCAAUUUUAAUAAUUUAAAUAAUACAAACCAAAUUAAUAACAAUGUAUAUAUAUCCAAUUUUAAUAUUAAUAACAAUAAUGAUAAUAUCACAUAG